AUGACGCAUCAGUGGAAGAAGAAUUUUAUCCACGGAUGGUUCGUCCUGGAAGGAUUUCUUGAUGACGCGGCAGAACAAGCCCAGAUGUCCCAGAUGAUGAUCGUAUUGGCAGUCAUCAACACGAGCGAAGUCGUCACUUGGUGCGCCGAAUUCUGCCAGAAUCCCAUGUCAUUUCCCCUGUUCCUACUAUUGUUUGGAGAACCAGCCCAUCUGUUGAUGAGCAUUGUCGCAAUGGCGGCAGCAAGCGCAAUCGACGCAACAUGCUACUACACAGCUGCAGGCACCGAGUUCGGAGCAGCACUGUGCAUAUUCGGCGCAACGAUGAGCUCCAUGUUUUUGUGGGGACUGCACUUGGAUGAGCCACCUCAGUACGUACCAAAGAGAUUGAGGUAUGGCCCGUCGUUCCUAUCGCGAGCAACCAAGUCGUCCGUGGGCGCAAUCUCUCGAGUAUCACUGAGAGCAGUGGGAGCUGUCCUGCUGAUGAUACAGCUGACUCACCUAUCGAUCAAGGAGUCAGCUGGAAUACCGAUGAAACACCAAGAGCGCUCAGAGGAGGAUGAGCCAUUCUUGGAUCAAGACGACGAAACAGAAGAACCGUUUGCCAGCUUGUGCGACAAGUACAAGAGGGCGUGUCAGCCAACCAUGUUGUGGGACCUGAAGGUCACGGAAGAGAAUCACGAGCCAACCAAGUUUGAGCUGUUCAUCAGGUUCCUCUUGGUUCUGAAAGGGGGCCUCGAUUUGAUGGCAAAUGAAAGCAAUCCAAUAGUGGCCUGGCAGCUGAUCCUCUACUCCCUGUCAGGAGAUAUGAAUCGCAACUCAGAGGACCAUCAGUACGACGCAGAUUCAGUACUGAUAGCCAUCGACAACUGCUCAUCAAGAUGCAUCACCAACUCAAUGAAGGACUUCAUUGGAAAGCCUGUGAAAGCUUUUUUCACCGCAGCAUUGGGCGAGAGUGGCAAACGACAACUCACCGAUGAAGAGAGGCACCUGGUGCGCCACGUACGAGGACGCCGUAGAGCUGUUCUGGAAUCAGAGACAGUUCAAGAGAGUCAUCCCGUUGGCGUCAAGCAACAACAUUGCUCUGGUCCGAACCGCACCAUCCUUCUCCAAGCUUCAUGCAUUCUGCAUGGAGAUAGCUCCAGCAUUGAUGGACAACUCAGUCGACAAAACUGA